AUGAUGUCAAGCUGGGGGGGCGCCGAUGGGAUUAAAUCUCGUACCAUGGAAGUCUUUGAUAGCUUCGGGAUUGCGGAUGAAGUCUCCAAACUGUGGGCACCUAUAAACAGCUGGGCUGUGUGGUCCGAAGAUGACCAGGGGAACAUAAGCCGUCAGUUCCGAACAACAAAUAGCCCUCCUGUGCGGACAAAAUGGGGCGACGGCGCGCUGCAACAAGGUGUAAUAGAGAAGAUUAUCAAACACUAUCUUGCCAGCCAGUCAUCAGUAUCGAUCCAGCACGAGACUAUUCCAACCUCUCUAACUGUCGAACACACCGUGACCUCUCAUCCCGACAUCUAUCCGUGUGUGGUGACUCUCAAGCGUCACCAAGAAGAGAACGUGUCUGCGGAAGAGACAAUUCGAGCCAAGUAUGUGAUUGGAGCGGAUGGAGCAGGCUCAUGGACUCGGAAGCAGCUCCAUCUUACCACAGAUACCACCCGAACAAAUGCUCUAUGGGGAGUGGUAGAUACGCGAGUGACAUCAGACUUUCCUGAUCUUGCUUCGUCUACGACAGUCUAUAACCACCAUGCAGGAGGCAUGUUCUUUGUCAGACGCGAGCGCGACCUCACUCGAUUCUACAUCCAACUCACUACCGACGAGGACGAUUCUUUGGAUCGGGAUUCAGUUACCCUGGACUUUAUCAUCGAUCGUAUCCGCCGACGGUUGAGUCCAUACACGCUGAGUAUUAAUUAUUGCGAAUGCAGCAUGUCCAAGCACGAGCGGGUGUUCCUAACAGGUGACGCAGUGCAUACCCACUCCCCUCUUGCGGGUCUUGGCAUGAACAUCAGCAUCCAGGACUCCUAUAACCUCGGCUGGAAACUAGCCGGUGUCAUCAAGCAGGAACUACAGCCCUCAGUUCUGGACACAUAUGAAUUGGAGCGACGUCCGAUCGCGCAUGAGCUCUUGGACGUUGACCGCAUUCUGUUUCAGUUCUUCCAUCCCGGCCAAUUCCCCAACCAGGAUCGAUCUGAAGACGGCGCUCGAGUAGUGCGCUUCCUUUCAGGCCUUCAGAUUCAAUAUACCCCCUCAAUCCUGACUUUGCAGCAGCAGGACACGAACUCACUGGACCAACUCACGGCUGGCAUGCGUAUACCGGAUGUCGAGAUCUGGACGGUUUCCACCCCUCUUGCAGCAUCGGCAAAUACCUCGCUGCUGACAAUACUUCGAAGCGAUGGAUCGUUUCAUGUAGUGGUAUUUGUGGAGCAUGUGGACCUAUUCGCGCCCUUUGAGGUUGCUCUUCGUCGGCUACUGCCGCCCUCCUCCAGGAAUUGGAAUGUAAUUCCUAUCUGCAUGAGGGCUCCAGACCGCAUAGAUCUAGAAUCUCGCAUGCCGCUCUAUUGCUUGGCUGAAGCAGAGGAUAGCCAUGCCCUUGCGCUCAAGCCAUCUACCGUCGCCGUGGUGCGUCCAGACCAGUACGUAGGGUGGUGUAGCGGUGUUGACGAUACGAAGGGCCUGGAGACCUAUUUGCGUGGAAUUUUCAUUUAG